AUGGCGUCCAGAGGUGUUGUCUUGCCUCUCUUGAGGCGCGAAUUGCACACAACUCGCACACGACUCAACAGAGCGGCUCCGUCACUUUCGACUGUAGCCAACUCCGUUCGAAACUCGAGAGCAGCCUCCACGAGAUGCUCGGUUCGCCAUACAGCGCUGUUCGCCCAGAAGCGGGUUCUUGGUCAAACUCGUGCCUUUUCGCAGUCGCUGUCAAGGACGUUUGCGGAUGAGAAUAGCCAUUUUGACCCCCGUCAGAUAGAGAGAGAGUCUGAUGAGGUUGAUGUCUGCAUUGUUGGCGGUGGUCCUGCCGGUCUCGCAGCAGCGAUCCGACUGAAGCAACUUGCGAACGAGGCUGGAAAUGAGGAAUUUCGUGUGAUCUUGCUGGAAAAGGCGGGUGAACUGGGUGCGCAUAUUCUUUCCGGCAACGUUCUUCAACCGACCGCCAUGAACGAGCUUCUUCCCGACUGGCUCGCCGAGGAUAACCCGUCGCGAUUUGAGGGCGCAACCCCCGCGCGGGAGGACAAGAUGCGUUUCCUUACCCAGAACGCGUCCUUUCCAAUCCCCGCCCCACCGCAGAUGAACAAUCAUGGAAACUACAUCGUAAGUUUGAAUGAGUUGACCAAGUGGUUGGGUGAGCGGGCCGAGGAGCUGGGCGUCGAAAUCUACCCGGGAUUCGCAGCGAGCGAGGUGGUCUACGAUACGGAUGGCUCUGUUCUCGGUGUUGCCACGAAUGAUCUUGGUAUUGGUCGGGAUGGCAAACCCAAGGACAACUUCGAGCGAGGCAUGGAGUUCCAUGCCCGUGUGACGCUGCUCGCAGAGGGUUGCCACGGCAGCUUGACAAAGCAGGUGAUCAAGAAAUACGACCUGCGACGGGAUAGCCAGCCGCAAACUUACGGCAUUGGAUUGAAGGAGGUCUGGGAGAUUCAGCCGGAGAAGUUCAAGUCGGGAGAGAUUGUCCAUUCUAUGGGAUACCCACUUCCCUCGAAUACCUACGGUGGCGCCUGGAUGUAUCAUUUUGGAGAGAACUUGGUCAGUGUCGGACUGGUGGUUGGGUUGGAUUAUCCGAACCCCUGGCUGUCGCCAUACGGAGAGUUCCAGAAGCUCAAACACCACCCCCUGUUCAAAGAGGUCCUGACAGGCGGAAAGUGCAUCUCGUACGGUGCCCGAGCGCUGAACGAGGGUGGUUUCCAGUCAAUUCCCAAAUGUGCUUUUCCCGGUGGUGCUCUCAUCGGGGACACCGCUGGCUUUCUGAAUGUCCCCAAGAUCAAGGGUACCCACACCGCCAUGAAGUCCGGCAUGUUGGCUGCAGAGGCUACAUUCUCGGCUCUGCAGAAUAACAACGACGGCACAGUAUUCCUGUACGAUUACGAGGAUGCACUCCGCAAGUCUUCAAUCUGGAAGGAGCUGUACGAAGUGCGCAACAUGCGUCCGUCAUUCAGCACGCGACUUGGCCUCUACGGUGGUGUCAUCUACUCCGGCUUGGAAGCUUUCCUCUUCCGCGGAAAGAUGCCCUGGACGCUUAAGCACCACGGAACUGAUGCGGCCGCUACGAAACCAGCCUCCGAGUGCGAGAAGAUCGAAUAUCCCAAGCCUGACGGCGAGAUCAGCUUCGACAUUCUGACCAGUGUGAGCCGCACCGGUACCAACCACGAGGAAGACCAGCCAGUACACUUGCAAGUCGCCGACUGGGACAAGCACACAGACGUUGCCUGGCCCAAGUACAAGGGCGUUGAGAACCGGUUCUGCCCCGCUGGAGUGUACGAGUAUGUUGAAGACCCCAGCAAGGAGCACGGUGUUCGAUUCCAGAUUAAUGCACAAAACUGUAUCCACUGCAAGACCUGUGAUAUCAAGGUACCUACCCAGGAUAUCAACUGGCAGACUCCUCAGGGUGGAGAAGGCCCCAAGUACUUCAAGACCUGA